UUCCGAUCUAAAAGGCACUGCAGUUGUUUCUCGAAGCGGGUGUAUUCGCGGCGUUACAAUCAUCUCACGUUAUUUAUUAUAAGAAUAAUAAAGAAAUGGCAGCGAUUAGUCUCCUAAACCCGAAAGCUGAGUUUGCACGAGCGGCUCAAGCUCUGGCUGUCAAUAUAUCGGCAGCAAAAGGCAUCCAAGAUGUGAUGAGAACAAACCUCGGUCCGAAAGGGACUAUGAAGAUGUUGGUGUCCGGAGCAGGAGAUAUUAAAAUCACAAAAGAUGGGAAUGUCCUCCUGCACGAAAUGCAAAUCCAGCAUCCAACGGCGUCUCUGAUUGCCCGUGCGUCGACGGCACAAGAUGACAUGACCGGCGAUGGAACGACAAGUACCGUUCUGGUGAUUGGAGAGCUUAUGAAACAAGCCGAUCUCUACAUCUCCGAAGGACUCCACCCCAGAAUGCUUACGGAGGGUUUCGAAUUGGCCAGAGCCAAGACAAUCGAGGUUCUGGAUUCUCUGAAAAUUCCCAUCGAGCCCACCAGAGAAGGGCUUAUGGAUGUAGCCAGGACAUCACUGAGGACCAAAAUUCAUCCUAGCCUUGCCGAUAAGCUUACCGAAGUUUGCGUUGACGCAGUUUUGGCCAUUAGACAGGAUGAACAGCCUGCCGAUUUGCACAUGGUCGAGAUAAUGGAAAUGCAACACCGAACUGCAGCUGAUACUACCUUAGUUAGAGGAAUCGUCAUGGAUCAUGGCUCCAGGCAUCCGGAUAUGCCAAAGCGUGUCGAAAAUGCUUAUAUUUUGACCUGCAAUGUCAGUUUGGAAUACGAAAAAAGCGAGGUGAACAGCGGCUUCUUUUACAAAACAGCUGAGGAGCGUGAGAAACUCUUGGCGGCAGAGCGUGAAUUUAUUGAAAAUCGUGUGAAGAAGAUAAUUGCACUGAAGAAAAAACUUUGUGAUGGAACAGACAAGUCGUUCGUCAUAAUCAACCAGAAAGGAAUCGAUCCCCCGUCUUUGGACAUGCUUGCCAAAGAAAAUAUCGUAGCAUUACGUCGUGCUAAGCGCAGAAAUAUGGAACGCUUGGGGCUUGCCUGUGGUGGUUCCGCCAUGAAUUCCGUCGACGAUUUAGUCGAAGAAAAUCUGGGUUGGGCCGGGCUUGUCUACGAACAUGUUCUGGGUGAAACAAAGUACACCUUCGUAGAAGAUUGUAAGAAGCCAACGUCUGUAACGAUUCUUUUGAAAGGUCCCAAUAAGUACACUAUUACCCAGCUGAAAGACGCCGUUCGUGAUGGCCUGAGGGCAAUUAACAAUGCGAUCAACGAUCGCGCCGUUGUUCCUGGUGCCGGUGCCGUUGAGGUAGCUGCCAGUCGGGCCCUUCAUGCCUACAAAGAGCAAGUGAAGGGCAAGCAACGACUCGGCGUACAAGCCUAUGCAGAGGCUUUGCUCGUCAUUCCUAAAACACUAGCUGUGAACAGUGGGUUUGACUCGCAAGACACUAUUGUAAAGCUGUUGGAAGAAUCCACUGCACUUGGCGAAGCAGUCGGACUGGAUGUGACGACUGGUGAAGCUCUCAAACCUGCGGAUGCCGGAAUUUACGAUAAUUAUGUCGUUAAAAAACAAAUUAUCAAUUCCUGUACUGUUAUCGCUAGCAACCUUCUGCUUGUUGACGAGAUAAUGAGAGCGGGAAUGUCUUCGUUGAAAGGAUAAACACUGUGAAACUCCUUGAAAAACUAUAAUUUAUCUCCGCAAAUGCAUUAGCUUAAAAGAUAAUUACUUGUCAUUGACUUUACACAUAAUUUUUGUUUCUUCACGCGUUUCCAUGUAUCGAAUUUAGGCGUACUACGACAAUUUGUUACUUAUUACGCUUGCAAAUAAUGGACUAACAUUUCUUAC